AUGGCAGCUUCAAACCAUAUCAGCAACGUUGCUAUAGUCGGGGCUGGGGGCAACAGCGGACGUGUGAUGACUGAAGCCCUCCUCAAGACGGGCAAGCAUAUUGUUACAGCUAUUACUCGUGUCGACAGCCAGACGAAGUUGCCAGAAGGCGUGCUCGUCAAGCGGGUCGACUACGACAAGACAAAUACGCUCGUCGAUGCCCUCAGCGGUCAGGAUGCAAUGGUAAUUACUCUGGCCGGUAACGCUCCCCCAGAUACUGAGAUGAAGCUCAUCAAUGCCGCCGGCGAGGUAGGCGUGCCAUGGAUUCUGCCCAGUGAAUGGGCUCCCGACACUGCGAAUGAAGCACUGGUCAACGACGUGUUUAUUUUCCAGUCCAAGGUGAGCAUCCGCAAAGCCAUCUCGGAUCUCGGAAAGAGCUCCUACAUUGCCGUGUCGACCGGCUUCUGGUACGAGUACAUGCUUGCUAUCCCAGCAACAUUUGGCAUCGACUUUGCCAAACGCACUGUCGUUCUCUUCGACGAAGGCCAGACGAAGGUCUCUGUCUCGACGUUGCCGCAGGUCGGGCGUGUGGUAGCCGCUCUUCUGAGUCUGCCCAUCUCCAGCCACGGAAGUGCUUGCCUGCAGCACUACAAAGAUCAAGUCGUCUACGUCAAUUCAUUCACCGUGAGCCAAAUUGACAUGCUCGAGUCGGCUUGUCGAGUGACUGGCACAAAACUUGAUGACUGGACCAUUACUAAAGAGCCGUCUCACGAGCGGUACGCCAGUGGUGUGGAACAGAUCAAGGACGGCAAGCGCAUUGGCUUCGCGAAGAUGAUGGCAACCAGAGUCUUCUAUCCCGACGGAUGCGGCGACACGGAGCAUAACAAGGGCACCUUGAACGGGGUGCUGGGACUGCCGAAGGAGGAUCUUGAUGAGGCCACUCAGGCGGCGGUGGAGAGGGCGAGAACAGUGCCGAAUUGGGCGGAGGAAGGUAGCUAG